AUGCUCAGCGCCGCUCUUCGGAGGCGAGUUCUCGCUCCUACGCACAGCGCCCUGCGCAAUGGCUUCGCUGCUCACGUCGUCCGCUGCUAUGCUUCCUUCCCCGACCACCAGGUCAUCAAGAUGCCUGCCCUGUCCCCGACCAUGCAGGCUGGUAAUCUGGGCGCCUGGCAGAAGAAGCCCGGCGACACCAUAGGCCCCGGUGAGGUCCUCGUCGAGAUUGAGACGGACAAGGCCCAGAUGGAUUUCGAGUUUCAGGAAGAUGGUGUCAUUGCCAAGAUCCUGAAGGAGGCUGGCGAGAAGGAUGUCCCCGUCGGCACUCCCAUCGCUGUUCUUGUCGAUGAAGGUACCGACAUCUCGGCCUUUGAAAAGUUUACACUCGAGGAUGCUGGUGGCGACGCCAAGCCGGCCGCUCCCAAGGCUGAGGAGAGCAAGUCGGAUGCCCCGGCUCCCACCGAGUCGAGCUCCCCGGCCCCCGAGCCCGAGCAGUAUGCUUCUUCCGGGCAGAAGCUGGAGACGGCCCUUGACCGUACCGCCAACGCCAGCCCCGCUGCCGUCCGACUGGCGCGAGAGAAGGGUGUCAGCAUCGACGCUCUCAAGGGCACCGGCAAGGGCGGUCAGAUCACCGAGGAGGAUGUCAAGAAGGCCGGAAGCGGCCCGACUGCCGCUGCUCCUGGUGCCACGUACGAAGAUACCCCGGUCAGCGGAAUGCGCAAGGUCAUUGCCAGCCGCCUCCAAGAGUCUGUCCAGAACAACCCCCACUUCUUCGUCACGAGCGCCUUGAACGUUUCGAAGCUACUGAAGCUUCGCCAGGCUCUUAACAGCUCGUCCGAAGGCAAGUAUAAGCUGUCUGUCAACGACUUCCUUAUCAAGGCCAUCUCGAUUGCCUCGAAGAAGGUGCCUGCGGUCAACUCGAGCUGGCGUGGCGAAAGCAUUCGUCAGUUUAACUCUGUCGACGUCUCCGUCGCCGUCUCUACUCCGACGGGUCUCAUCACGCCCAUCGUGACUGGCGUCGAGGGUCGCGGCCUCGAGUCCAUCUCCAGCAAGGUCAAGGAGCUGGCCAAGAAGGCGCGCGACAACAAGCUCAAGCCUGAGGAGUAUCAGGGCGGCACCAUCUCCAUCUCCAACAUGGGCAUGAACAAUGCCGUUGACCACUUUACCGCUGUCAUUAACCCCCCACAGGCUGCCAUUCUCGCCGUGGGCACGACCAAGAAGGUGGCUGUUCCCGUUCAGAACGAGGAUGGCUCGACCGGUGUCGCGUGGGAGGACCAGAUUACUGUGACGGCUAGCUUUGACCACAAGGUUGUCGACGGCGCCGUGGGUGCUGAGUGGAUCCGCGAGUUUAAGAAGGUGAUUGAGAACCCUCUGGAGCUCCUGCUCUAA